AUGAACCGUUAUCAAUAUCGAACAUGGUUGGCAUUUGAUAGUAUUAAAACAUUUUUUGGUUACAGAAAUCGAUGUUAUCAACCUAUAUCACAAAUAGAGAUUGAACAAACGAACUGUUCGAUCGAUGGAAAUACAUCAUGUAUAGAUGAUAAAAUAUCAAGAGAAAAUAGCAAAUCAUCACUAAGAAACCAUAUUGAUAAUAUUAAUAUGAAACAAAUUGAUGAAAUCUUACCACUUAUAAAUGAAAAACCGUUUAGUUUAAAUAUUCUUGUACCAUCUAUUAAUUCAUAUACAAAUGAUACACGUCCCGACGUGGAUUUACUUGAAUGUUAA